AUGAGUCAAAGCAAUGAAACCAAUUCACCCAAUAUAACAAAUCCUGUUGAAGUUCUAUGUCCUACAGGCAUGCCUAUUGGUGACAGCCAAUGCUUUUGUGAUUGGCGUGUUCAAUUGACAGCGUCACUUGCUGUUUAUCUAAUUGGUCUUAUAUAUACGGUACCAAGAUCUCAUAUAACACGUUAUCACCAUUAUUCUCAUGAAGCAAAAAAAAUUUGGAUACCGCGACCUGCAAUUGUAGAUGCUUUUGGAUUUUUCGUCUUAAUUGGACCAAUAGUUUCUUUAAACACGUUUGCCAUUAUAUCCGGUGCAUACAUGGAUAAGAAUGACGAAAAGAUGGCAAAAAUUUGGACUAAAGUACACUAUUUAAGCUGGAGUUUUUUUUGUUGGGUCAUAAUGAUUGGCUUAGUUUAUUUUGGAAGUAGACUGACUAAUGUAAUAGUGACUCAUAUUGAGGAUACAAAAUAUUCCGGAAGGGCUACGCCUAUGAAAAUUCAAAAUUUAGAACGCGGUUUAAACAAGUUACGGUGGGUUCUUGCACUUCUAUUAAGCGCAUUGCUCUUUUUUGCAUCAUCAUCGCUCUUGUUUGCAAUCUUUAGAGAAUUUAUCCUGGCAUAUUCGCCAGUGCUAUCUCUCAUUUUUGCUGCUCUUUGGGUUUUGAUUGUUCCUAUGAUGAACGUUAUUAUUGUCACUAUAUUGGCAUAUGAGAUAAAUGAUAGAGAGAAUCAUAAGGAGCGAGGUUAUAGAGAUACAACUUUUGCACGACCACCAGUUCCCCCUGUGCGUCGAAGUUAUCGUGAAGAGGAAAUUGUUAAAGACUCAAAAUCUGACGAAUCUGGUUCUUUUAGUUUUCUGCCUAAUUCUUCCUCUAGAUCUAAUCAUGAGAACCAAUUAAGUGAAAUAGCAUUAAGAGCUGUAAAGCUUACGUCUUCUAUGGGUGAUUCAAAAAUAUCUGAAAUAAGCAUGAAUCUAGGUCAACAAUCCCAACAAUCCAAUAAUCUCACUGAUUCUUCGCAACGGACUAGUGAGCUGACGAAUUCAGGAGAUGAUCGAAUUGGCAUUGCUAUUCCCUAUACACCUUCAAAGAUUCUCUCUGACUCAAAAUUUUCAAACAUACAAUAA